UAAUGCAAUUGCAGACAGAAGUUGACAACAGGAACAUAGCACGCAUGUUUCCGAGUAAGUUCUGCCAAAUAGGAAAGGGUCCAAAUUGCUUUAAUAUGCUUGCAGUCAACCCCUAGUGAUGUAACUGCCUACGUCAACACCUUCUACUCAUGAGACCAAGCCCAUGCAUAUACAGUUAUACAAACCUGCAGGAGAGACAAUAGUUCCAGUGUUAUCUAAGGGCUCAGCAGUAGAUGUUCACUCCCCAAGUUGCUUUAUUGUGGUAUGUCUGACUUGUCUCUUAUCUCUUUCACUCACCUGCAGGGUUCUGUGUCUAUGAAUCUCUUUUAGCCUUGAGGUGCUUUCUCACAGACACCCUGUUUUGACUGCUAUAACUCACAUAUCUCUCAGACCGUUUUUUAUAAGAAGCAGAGACUAGAAAAGAACUGUGGAACAAUAUUAAACCUUAUAAUGUAUAUAUAUAUUGCUAAUAUGUAGUCAGGAUCCUAUAAAUGUAGUGGCGGGUUCUUAUAGCCCUUUUAAUACAACAUAAGCAUAACCAAUUAUUAUAAUACAUCAAUAAUUUGGUGCAGCCCCUAUCAUGACCCCAAAGUGACCCCCCAUCAAUCCCUGACGGCUAACAACAUAUCUUGACAUAAUGUAAACGUUAUAAUUACCCUCUCUCCCUCAGUGAAAGGAAUAAGUAUAUUUCAUAAGUCAAGAAAUCAGAACCCAAAAGUGGGGACUUUAAUUUUGAUGCUGAUCCAGAGGCCCUGGAGGAAAUCAGGAAGCAGCAUGCAGACUUCAUGGCUGAUGUAAAGGAGGCCAAUAGGGCCCUGGAGAACUCCAUGGACACACAGCAGGGGGUCAACGAACAUCUGUCCAGCUAUAGCCGCUUGGGAGACAUGGAGGCGCUGGAGAAGAAUGUCAAGGCUCUGAGUGUGGCCAAACUCAACAAAAAUGCUCUUAGAUCUGUGGAUGAGGAAUUCUCCAAGUCAGAGUGUGGGGGUGCGCUGUGCCGUGACAUCCUGRGACAGAGAGAAUGUGGGGGUCCUACAUGCAAGGGCAGUGUCCCUGUGAGCCACAACACCACAAAAACAGCAGAUCAACUAGACAAUGGCAUUGUAGACUUGCUCCACAAACUACAGGACUCCAAGAUCAAGGCAUAUUCCCCCAAAAAACUCUACAGAUAUAUAUAUUUUUUUUACUUUUGAUUUAAAAUGAAAAUAUCUAUUUAAUACAUAUAUGACACAAGUCUCAAUCUAUCCUGUUCAGUUCGAUGAGGCCAAACAGAAGACCAAGGACACCCAUCACCAAUUGGAGGAGAUACAGAAGAAGAUCACUGACAGCAAGGACAAGUUUGACAGGGAGAAGAAAGACACCAAGGACCUCAUUAAGAGGGUCAAAGACUACCUCACAGAUGAGAUGGUGGCACCAGAGGACAUAGAAAGGUUGGCCAAGAGUGUUCUGGCUAUCCAGCUGCCGGGCUCUCUAGAUGACAUCCACUCCAUGAUCCAGAACAUCCGGGGCAUGCUGGCCAACUUCACUGAGUUCAAGGAGGAUCUGAAAAAACUGGAGGACCAAGCCAAGACAGCCCAGGACCUACUGGAGAAUGCUCUGGAUAUCAGGGACAGAACCAGGGGUAUUGACGUUACGGAUAUCAAGAAUGCCAUAGUGGCCACUGAGAAAUCACAGGACGAGGUUGAGCAAGACCUGGAGAAGGCUAAGGAAAGCAAUGACAUGGCGCACGAGAUGAUUAAAGAGACCUCCAGAGAUGCUGGAGGAGAUUGAGGCUCUGAAGAAGAAGACAGAGAUGAACAGAGAGCAGGCGGAGCAGGCCAAAGUGGAUGUUAUCACAGCUCUGGGUAGCGCUACUAACACAAAGGAGAUCCAAGACUUCAUCAACAACAAAGAGGACAAAGCCAUGGAGGUUGCCAUGUUGUUGGAGAUGGUGGAAUCCCUCCGAAGGGAGAUUGCCUCCCGCGUGGAUAGGUACAUUGACAGUACCUCCUAACACCCUAGGUGGAUCAAGAGAGGAGGAUUCAGGGUUCUAUCUUCAAGACGGUAUACAGGGUCACAGACUUCUAGCACUUAUUAUAAUGCUGUCUUUACACAUUCAUAAGCAUGUCAUUGCAGAUGCCAUAGGCAGCACUAACAACUUUUUAUAAUGCCUGUGUAAUAAUGAUCAUCAACUCUGUCAGUUCAAGAGAUUUAAAUUACAUUCAUGUAUAGAUCAAAGAUAUGUGUAAUGGAAUUGACCCUAAACUGUGACCAGUAGUAGUCAAAUAAGUUCCAUGCUAUAAUAAUGAUCUGAUCUUGCAUGYGCCAAGUGGCAUGGAUAUGUAUUCUUUUUACACAUUCAACUUUUAUUUCGUUUAUUCUGUUUAUUUACUGUUUAUAUUUACAUGCUCAAAAUGGUCUGUGUCUGGAACCUGUUCCUACUCUGAUGUCAUGUCAAAGAUAGGUUCUCUCAGGUUCUAGGUUGUAUUGUAUAAAAGGAAUUUCCUCACAUACUGUUCAUUGCACCCUACCCUUUCCUCUCUACCGCUCGAGUUUUGCAACUGAAUUUAAGAGUGUAGUUCUCCUAAUUAUCCACGUAGGGGCGUGUGGUGAUCAUAAAACUGACAGAGUUGAGAGAGAAGCACCCGCUUACCUAAUUAUCUGCUUACAUGAUCUUUGAUGUUAUAAAAGGGGGGAAAGCUUUUAUUCCUACCGUUUUCAGGUUUCAAGUUAUUCUACCUCUAACUUUUUUUCCAAGUUCUACCCUGGUCUCUGGUGGAAGUAGAUCUCUUUGUAAGAUUUGACUGUUAUUUUGUGAAACCUUGUAUACUGAAUUGGCCUGGUCUAUACAGAGCUUGUUGCCGGCCUGAAACAAUGUUUCCCCCCAGCCUAGCUGGGGAUGUGAUGGUAUUAAACACACUAUCAGGUUUGGAAUGGGUCCCUGCUGGGUUUGGAAUGCAGCCAUUUUUCACAACGGAAUGUUCUCUCUCUCGUUUAAUGCACAUUGCCCAUUUUUUUUACUUGUAAAAUCCUAGAUUUCUGUUGCUUUAAGCUCCAGCAUACACUUUCUCUCUCUUUCUCUCUCUCUCUCUCUCUCUCUCUCUUGCUCACUCUCUCAAUUUCAAUUUAA